CCGCCCCCGAUCCAGAAGCAGCAAUGUUCGCGUCAGCCGCGUUCUCGAAGCAGCAAUGUGGCGUCGCCACCUGCCGACCUCGGCACGUCGCCACCGGGCCGCGACCUUCCACCUUUCGAGGAUGAAUCGGAACUGCUUGGCGGAGUCGGAAACGAGGACGAUGGCGUUCGUGACGAAGAGCAGGAGGAGGGUGAAGAGCUGUUUGGAGACAACAUGGAAGAUGACUACCGUGCGAUUCCAGCCCUUGACGUUUACGACCCGCAAAUGCUGGACGACUCGGAAUACAGCGCCUUGUCCGAGUCGGAUCGGAGGGCCGUCGAGGAACAGUUGCGGCAGCGAGAUCGAGCGGAGGGCCGUGUGGCCGGUCGCAUGCGAAAAGGCUUGCUUUAUGAUGACAGCAGCAGUGAAGCCGACAGACCUGUUCGUAGGAGGCGGUUGGCCGAGCGCGCGGCGGAAGGCGCCUUCUCGGAAGAUGAGGACAUGGUCGAGAGCAUUGAAAACCUCGAAGACAUGAAGGGCCACACUGUCCGGGAGUGGGUGACACAGAUCGGCCCCAAAACGGAAAUCUACAACCGCUUCAAGAACUUCUUGCGCACGUUUGUUGACGAGCGUGGCCACAACCUUUACAAGGAGAAGAUCAGGCAAAUGUGCGAAGAGAACAAGCUCAGCCUGGAAGUCAAUUACAACACCCUGGCCCAAGCAGAGCAGGUUCUAGCUUACUUCCUGCCAGAGGCACCCGCCGAGAUGCUCGUCAUUUUUGACGAAGCCGCCAAGGACAUCGUCCUCGGCAUGUUCCCCCAGUAUGAACGAAUCACGCGGGAGAUCCACGUCCGGAUCACUGACCUGCCUCUCAUCGAAGACAUUCGCAGCCUCAGGCAACUACACCUGAACCAGCUGGUGCGAACCGCCGGUGUGGUGACCAGCACGACCGGCGUGCUACCGCAGCUCUCCCUGGUCAAGUACGACUGCAACAAGUGCAGCUAUGUGCUUGGUCCGCUGGUGCAGUCGCAGAACCAAGAAGUCAAGCCGGGAUCGUGCCCCGAGUGCCAGAGCACGGGACCCUUCACCAUCAACAUGGAGCAGACUGUGUACCAGAACUACCAGCGCAUUAGCAUCCAAGAAAGUCCCGGCAAAGUGUCGGCCGGUCGUCUCCCCCGUUCCAAGGAUGCCAUCUUGCUGAGCGACCUCUGUGACUCCUGCAAGCCCGGUGAUGAAAUUGAACUUACAGGAGUGUACACAAACAACUACGACGGAUCCCUGAACACUGCCAAUGGCUUUCCCGUGUUUGCGACCAUCAUCAUGGCCAACCACGUGCUCCGAAAAGACGACAAAGUUGCGGCACGGCACCUGACGGACGAUGACGUGCGUCGUAUUGUGGCCCUCUCCAAAGAUGAGAGGCUUGCCGACCGAAUUAUCGCCAGCAUUGGGCCUUCCAUCUACGGGCAUGAAGAAAUCAAGAGGGCUAUUGCACUUUCCUUGUUUGGUGGCGAAGCAAAGAACCCUGGUCAGAAGCACAGAGUUCGUGGUGACAUCAACCUCCUCAUCUGUGGUGACCCCGGCACGGCCAAAUCGCAGUUCCUGAAGUACGUCCAGCAGAUAGCACCGCGAGCCGUCUUUGCCACGGGACAGGGCGCUUCGGCCGUCGGUCUGACGGCGUACGUCCAGCGCAGUCCGGUCACCCGUGAGUGGACGCUGGAGGCCGGCGCACUAGUCCUCGCCGACAAGGGCGUCUGCCUCAUUGAUGAGUUCGACAAGAUGAACGACUCAGAUCGGACCAGCAUCCAUGAAGCGAUGGAGCAACAAAGCAUUUCCAUCUCGAAGGCUGGCAUUGUGACCUCGCUCCAAGCACGUUGCGCAGUCAUUGCGGCGGCCAACCCCAUCGGCGGUCGCUAUGACCCAUCCUUGACCUUUGCUGAAAACGUGGACCUGACAGAACCCAUCCUGUCUAGGUUUGAUGUGCUUUGCGUGGUGAGGGAUCAGGUGGACCCUAUUCAGGAUGAAAAGCUUGCCCGUUUCGUCAUUGACAGCCACAUCCGCCACCAUCCAAGUGGAAACAAUCCGGAAGAUACGGAUGAGUCAAUGGAACAGGGGAGCCAAGGUCAACGUGACGACGGCGACACGGGCCCCGAGAAGAUCCCGCAGGACCUUCUGCAAAAAUACAUCCUGUACGCUCGUGAAAAAGUGCACCCCAAGCUUCACCAGAUGGAUCAGGACAAGGUGGCACGAAUGUACAGCGAACUGAGAAGGGAAUCCAUGCUGACGGGAAGCGUCCCCAUCACGGUGCGUCACAUCGAGUCUAUGAUCCGCCUUGCGGAGGCGCACGCACGCCUGCACCUGCGUGAGCACGUGCUCGAGGACGACGUGAACAUGGCGAUCCGCGUCAUGCUCGAGAGCUUCAUCAACACCCAGAAGUACAGCGUCAUGCGCAGCAUGGCCAAGACAUUCCAGAGGUACCUGAGCUACAAGAAGGACAACAACGAACUGUUGCUGUUCGUGCUGAAGCAGCUCGUUCAGGAGCAGAUCAACUUCAUGCGCAGCCGCUACGGCAGUGAGCCAGAGGUUGUCGAAAUCUCGGAGAAGGACUUGCAGGAGAAGGCUCACCAGUUGAACAUCACCAACCUCCAGCCAUUCUUCAAGAGUGAUCUGUUCAGGUCUCACCACUUCACGCACGAUGCCAGGCGUCACCUCGUCGUCCUCGCAUUCUAAGCACAUCAUCAACCGUCGGUAAAAUGCUCAACAGGCCUAC